AGCAUAUAAGGCUGGCACGCUACAGUCAUAUCGGGCACUUUUGUCGAUGUUUAUCGGGAGAAAAAUAUCGCGAGCAGACAAAAUGGCAUCGAAGAUUUUCAAGCUUAUGCUGAUCAUGCAUAUUGCGGUGAUUUGCGUCUGUGCUCAGAGUAUCGAAAACUCCAAAGGGACGGAUAAGGAGGCAGAAAGUCCAAAGUUGGUGUCAAACAACCUCAAAGAUUCCGAAAAAAUUAUGUGGUGGCCAAUAAUACUUGAGGAUUCAGAAAAUUCAAAGUUGGUGUCAAACAACCUCAAAGAUUCAGAAAAAACUACGUGGUGGCCAAAAAUACUUGAGGAUUCAGAAAAUUCAAAGUUGGUGUCAAACAACCUCAAAGAUUCCGAAAAAAUUAUGUGGUGGCCAAUAAUACUUGAGGAUUCAGAAAAUUCAAAGUUGGUGUCAAACAACCUCAAAGAUUCCGAAAAAAUUAUGUGGUGGCCAAUAAUACUUGAGGAUUCAGAAAAUUCAAAGUUGGUGUCAAACAACCUCAAAGAUUCCGAAAAAAUUAUGUGGUGGCCAAUAAUACUUGAGGAUUCAGAAAAUUCAAAGUUGGUGUCAAACAACCUCAAAGAUUCCGAAAAAAUUAUGUGGUGGCCAAUAAUACUUGGGGAUUCAGGAAAUUCAAAGUUGGUGUCAAACAACCUCAAAGAUUCCGAAAAUAAUUGAUAUAGUUUCAACGGUUUACAUGCAACUAUGGAUAACCCCUUAUUCAGUUAAUUGCACAAUUUAAUCACAAGCAUUCAAAAGAUGUGAUUCUAUAAUAUUUAUGGUCAAUUAUAUUUAUGUAUUCAGACGCUUAAAUAUAUAUCCCAGAAUAUGAUACAAUGCA